AUGUCUUUACUGCAGAUCACACUUGUGAAGCAGUCUGGAGCUGUGAGGCCGGUGGGAGUGAGCCUAGAGUGGGAGGGAGCCAAACUGAGCCCUUGCCCGGACGCCCCUGUAGAGUGUGAUGGGACAAACAGCAGCGUUAGGCCUGAACUGCUGUGGACACUGGGCUGUCCCGUCGCUAAGGUGAUCGAUGAUGCCACAAUCGUCUCUUGUAUGGAUGACCACUUACACAAUCAUUUGUUUUAG